GCGGCGGCAUGUUGCAGCCGCGGCGGCCGCUCGUCGGGCUCGUCUCCCGCUGCGCCCGCACCGCCCGCCUGGGCCCCCGCCCGCCCGGGCCCGCCGAGCCCGGCGGACAAGCGGGGGGAGGCGCGGGGCGGCGGGGCCUGCUGGGCCUGCUGGCGCGGCAGUGCAGCUGCCUGACGGGGCAGCGGGCGCGGCAGGCCCGGCGGGGCUGGUGCCGCGGGGGCGGCGGGAGCGGCGGGGACGGGGCGGCGGAGCGGGCGAGGCGCAGCGGAGGUGGUGGAAGCGGCGGCGGCGGCGGCGGGGGGUGGUGGUGGUGGCGAGGGCUGCUCCGAGGCCGCCCCGCCUUCGCCGCUACCGGCCGCCUCAUGGCGACUCUGGCCGGUGUCUUCGUCUGGGACGGGCAGCGGAUCGAGGAGGAGGAGCUGCAGCGGUCGGCGCAGGAGAUAAAAUACAUGGAGAACAUGUCGGGGCCGCGGAUGGAGCCCAAACGGGAGCGCGAGCCCGGGGAACAGCCCUGGGAGAUGAUCAUGGACAAAAAGCACUUUAAACUCUGGCGCCGGCCCAUUGGGGGCACCCACUUGUACCAGUACCGAGUGUUCGGGUCGUACACGGACGUGACUCCCCGACAGUUCUUCAAUGUACAGCUGGACACUGAAUACAGGAAAAAAUGGGACUCGCUGGUCAUCAAAUUAGAUGUAAUCGAGCGAGACGUGGCCACUGGAUCCGAAGUGAUUCACUGGGUCACUCAUUUCCCAUAUCCGAUGUAUUCGCGCGACUACGUCUACGUGCGCCGGUACAGCGUGGACAAGGAGAACAACCUGAUGGUGCUGGUCUCACGGGCUGUGGAGCAUCCGAGCGUCCCCGAGGACCCUGAGUACGUUCGGGUCAGGACCUAUGAGUCCCAAAUGGUCAUUCGGCCCCACAAAACCUUCGACGAGAACGGUUUUGAUUAUUUGCUGACCUACAGCGACAACCCCCAGACCGUGUUCCCCCGGUACUGCGUCAGCUGGAUGGUGUCGAGCGGAAUGCCGGAUUUCCUGGAAAAACUGCACACGGCGGCUCUGAAAGCCAAAAAACUGGAGCUGGAGGUGCGGGACUACAUGGCGGCGCGGCCUGCGGACAGCGAGGGCAAGGCCGGCAUGGCGGCCCCCGAGCACAAGGCCGACGGCUCCUGCGGCUCUGCCCAGCUGGAAUUCGCCUGACCAGACCCCCCCCGGGAUGACGGGGAGCUCAGCACUGGUGAGGGACCCCCCAAAAUGUCACACCGACGGAGCCGCCGUCGGAUUCUCCCCCUUCCUCGCUUGUCCCCAAAUCUCCGGGCCUACGUGAGGAUGGGGGUGUCGCGUCCCCCCAGCUCCGCCCUGUGUGUUCGUGGGCUGAUGAAAAAUGUCGUGUCGUCGCUAAAUAUUUCCCAAACGGGGAAAAAAAUACUCUAAACAACAUAAUUUAUGGCCUCCCCCCCCGCAAAUGCUAUUCUGAACCCCGAAUGGUUUUGGCUCAGCGCUCGCACUGGAUGAGGAUCCUCCACAGAACUGUCUUGGGGUGUUUUAUGGUGUUUUACCCCCAAAAGUGUUGUUUUUUCCACCAAAAAGAUCCUUCUACCCUUCCAGGGGGUUGGUAUUACCAAGGUGGGGCCAUGAACUGGUGAAACUGGGGGAAAAAUGCUAUUUUUGGGGUGGUUUUUAGCUGCUGGUUGUGUAGGGGAUGGGGGGGGAACCUUUGUGCCGGUGACAACCGGGGUCACCGUGACCCCCCGGGGCCGAUCCCGAUGGGUUGUGGCACAAGGUGGGGUCGGGAAAAGCAAAAUACUUAAAUAAAUCAUCUCUUGUAGCCACA